AGUCAGUGUCAGUGAUGGAGGGACAUUCUGUGACUCUACACACUCAUCUCACUCACAUACACACACAUGACAAGAUCGAGUGGAGGUUUAAAAACAUCCGCAUCGCCAGAAUCAAGAGAUCAGUUAACAUUAAUGCAACAUAUGAUUAUAAUGAGACUGAGAUAUUCAGAGACAGACUGAAGAUGAACAAUCAGACUGGAGAUCUCACCAUCACACACAUCACAUCUCAACACUCUGGACUUUAUCAGCUAGAGAUCAUCACUGGAGAUAAGCGGACGAUCAAGAGUUUCAACAUUACUGUUAAUGCUCCCAGAACCGUCAGUAUCACUGAAUCUACACAAACUCCAUUGUCAACAGCAAGUUCCAGUCUGUCAGAUAAAGUGAAAACAGAUUCAGGGAUGGAGAGAGUUUCUGUCACUCUACACAUCGUGCAUGUUACUGUUUAUGGAGAAAGUUCUAGUGUGCCAGCAGAAGAUCCCACACAAGCAGGGAAAACACUGAUCUAUGGUUGUGCUGUUGUUGGAUGUGUGAUGAUCGUAACGGCACUUUUGAUGUUCUGCAUCUGCGGGAAACACUCAAACACACAACCACACGAUAAGACCUAUGAAGAUGAGUUCACUUACACAAAUCUAACAUUCUACCAAGAAAACACACAGCCAAAGGAAAUCAUGGACUUCCUUGACAGGCAAGCUGAAUCAGAAAUGACAGAGGUGGUUUACACAUGUUACAACAUUAGAAAGGAUCGAUCUCGUCUGUUAUCUGACCAAUGAUGCAUAGAAACUACACCUGUAAUUUCACAUCUGUUUUAUAUCGUUGGUUAUGAUCUUGCACGUUGUAGCUUUUUUGUUUGGUCUUACAUGAAUAAACCAACACAACCACUAUUAACGAAAAAAAAGACAACUGGUAGAGCAUUGUGCUAACAACUCAAAGGUCAUAGGUUUGAUCCCAGUGAACGCACAUACUGAUAAAAGACAUUAACAGCUGGUAAAAUAAAUAUUGAAUAUGUCACCAUUUUUUCUCAGUAAAUAUACAUACAUGAUAUUUUCACCAGAUGUCGUUAACAUCCCAAAUAAUCCAUACAUACAACGAAAACAAAACAAAUAAAUUCAUAGAUUAAGGUAUGUAUAAUAAAAUGGAAUUUCCCAGAUAGCACAUGUGCUUCUGUAAGAUGUCUGCUAAAGAUCUGGGCAGGGUUUCCCGAUAACGAUGGAUCUUAGCACUUAAGAGCGUUUUCUACGAGCCACUUUGCUAACGUUAGUCAUCGUUUCACUUGCUUUAAGUGCUACUUACGAGUCGCUAUCUGUUUUUUUUGUGCUGAAAUGUCACCUUAUACCAGGGGUUUUCAAACUUUUCGUGCCAAGGACCCCCAAAUAUGCUUAACCUUUCACGAGGGACCCCCUUUCUAAAAUACAUAUCCAUUUUUUGUAUAAAGAAGUAUUUAAACUGUUAUACAAAUAGUACGUGUGAUAUUAUAAAGACAACAUAUUGUUUGUAAAAGUUAAACUGGAAUAAUCUUCAGAAUAGAGUUUUACAACUUUUGCUGUCUUUAGCUUAUCAAAAAAUUUCAGGGGACCCCUCAAACCAUUCUGGGGGUCCCCGGACCCUAGUUUGAAAACCCCUGCCUUAUACAAUGGCUCGUUGUAGCACGCGCUUGUUUUCGAAAUGUUAAGGCUAAUUAUUUUCACCCGAUGUGCAUGUGGUAGGUGAAUAUUGUUUAAUGUUGUUUAACAUAUGUUUUGUGCAAGGUGUAAUACUUUUUCUAUGUGUAGAUACACUUAUCUACUGUAAUUGUGCGAUGU